GGCAGGGGGCCAUGCAGCCGCUGCUCGCCACCCGCCCCUCGCGCGCCGGGCUCUCCGUCUUCGCCUGCUACGACCAGCUGCGGCACGAGAUCCAGGCGCUGCUGGCGGAGAACGAGGAGCUGGCUCGCGUGGUCAACCUCAUCAGGGAGCACCAGCAGCUGCGGCACGUCCUGCGCGGCCACCCCAGCAUCCAGCCCCUGCUCACCUCCACGCCCCGCGACGGCCCCACAGACCUCCCCGGCGGCACCGCAGGUCAGGGGCGGCCGGCACCGCGGCGAGCCGGCUGCUGGGGAGGGGGGACCGGGCCGCACGGCACCACGCCUGAGCCGUCCCUCAGCGGCACGGAGAUCGGCCCCGCGUUCUUCCCCGUCGCCACCAGGAACAAGUCCGUGCCGGUGAACAUGUACGCCAACCCCUUCCUUGGGGACCCCUUCCUGCAGUACUCCUGCCCCGUCGAACUGCAGGGCAGCUUCACCCUGUCCCCGGAGCGCCAGCAGCCCCCCGAGCAGCCCCCAGACCCACGGACGUCAGAGCAGAGGAGCCCCAGCGCGCAGAACCUGCAGAGCCCCGGCCCCACGGUGACCCCGAUGCCGACGACCCCGAUGCCGGUGACCCCGAUGCCGGUGACCCCGGUCCCAGUGACCCCAAUCCCGGCGACCCCAGUCCCGGUGACCCCAAUCCCAGCAAUCCCGGUCCCAGCGACCCCAAUCCCGGCGACCCCAGUCCCGCCGACCCCAAUCCCGGUGACCCCGAUCCCGGUGACCCCGAUCCCGGUGACCCCGGUGGCCCCGAUGCCACCGGAGCCGCUGUCCCCGGAGCAGCAGCAGCAGCCGCUGGACCUGCGGCUCCCCGACGUGCGGCGCAAAGACCCCUCGAGGAAGAUGCCCAGAGCCGCCGAGCGCCCGCCCGCCACCCCGCAGACCCCGCAGGGCGCCAGCCACCGAGAUGCCCGGCACGCGGAGCGCCUGGUGGGGGAGAUCGCCUUCCAGCUGGACCGCCGCAUCCUCGCCAACAUCUUCCCCGACCGGCCCCGGCUCUACGGCUUCACCGUCACCAACAUCCCCGAGAAGAUCAUGGGUCCAUUUUCGGCAGCCCCCGGGGCGUUUGACGAGCAGCAGUGCGCGGCCAUGGCGCGCCGUUACCUCACCCUCAUGACGCGCCUGCGGGCGCUGGGCUACAACCCCGAGGUGCACCCGGCGCUGGCCGAGUCCCUGGUCAACACCUUCGGCAUCCUGCGGGAGCUGCCCGAGGGCGACGGCUCCGACGCCCGCGCCGCCCCCAGCCCCGGCCACCUGCGGCGCGUGGUGUCCGAGACGGUGCCGCCGGCGCUGCGUGCGGACGCGCUGGUGCUGCUGGAGUGCCUGCAGGAGCUGGCGCGCGAGGACGGGAAGCCGCUCUUCCUCAGCUGAGCCCCCCCCCAGCAGCCAGUAAAGACCCCCCCCAAAAUGCUGGGCACCGGCUGUGGCAGCGAUCCAUUGGUAACGCCGCGCCGGUGCGCUCACCCUCCCUGGUGCCCUGGUGGGGCCACCACGGCCUGGGGGCACUCAGCUCCCGGACACCCCCGGGGGGGCACGGCCGUGCAAUGCCCCCCAGCUUUGUGCACACGCAGCAGGGGGUGUGCGAGGCGUGCGAGGCCGCGUGCGGGGCCCUGGGCACACGCGGGUCCGGGCAC